AUGGCACGUCGGGAGUUUCAGCUCAAAGCUGACAUGUUCAAGCGGCAGAUCAUCCAGAGAGUCACGGUGACCUCACUGAAAAGAGGAGCUAGUCAACAAAGGGAAAGUUUGGACUUAUCAGAAGUGUCUGAAGUAGAGUCUAAUUAUGGUGCCACUGAAGAGGAUUUAAUAACAUCUGCAUCAAAAACAGAAGAGACCUUGUCAAAAAAGAGAGAGUACCAGUCUUCCUCCUGUGUCUCCUCCACAUCCUCUUCCUAUUCUUCCUCUUCUGAAUCCAGAUUUUCUGAAUCUAUUGGUCAUUUGGACUGGGAGACUCUUGUGCACGAAAAUCUGCCCGGGCUAAUAGAAAUGGAUCAGGAUGACCGUGUUUCGCCCAGAGACUCACUCUUCCAAUAUUUUGAGUUGCUAGAAAAGCUUCAGUAUAACCUAGAGGAGCAUAAGAAGUUACAAGAGUUUGCAGUGCAGGCACUGAUGAACUUGGAAGACAAAGCAAUGGAUGGCUUCAAUAUCCUUGGGCCCAGCAAAAGAUAAUGAAGGGAAUUGUUGGAAAUAGAGAA